AUGAAAAUUAAAUGCAGCGAGACAAAGCCGCGAUGUCAGUAUUGCGUAAAACGCAAUGUCGAGUGUGAUUACUCUUUGAAGUUAGUAUGGGGAGGACGACCAUACAAGAGUAGGAGAAAAAUCCGAGCGGUUGAAGAAAAUAAUUCGGAAUCAUCGUUGAACUUUGGUAGAGCUCAAAUAGGAGAAACACAAGAGCCUAUUUGGAAUAUUGAUACACCUAUAAGCACAUACUCACUGAGCGAUACAACCGCAACACCUUCAUUAUUGGUGCAAAAACAGGGACAAGGUAAUGAAUAUCAAAACAUGAUAACAAAGAAAAGUCCACAACUAGGGAUGUCUAGGUUGGAAAAGACAUUUGAUAGGUUGACAGCGGGAGAAAUGAGCUUGCAGCUAGGUAAUGUUAAUAUCUUGCAAGAGUAUAUACUGAAUACGGAUCUAGCUUCCGUGAAAUCAGAAGUGGAGAAAAGCCUGGAUUCGUAUUCUGAGGAUUUAGCCACGACCGAAGCAUACUUGGCCCGACCUCAAUCCAACUUUAUCUCGGAUCCCAUAUCUAUGAUCCGCUCUCGCCGACCUUAUAUUCUAGAUGUGAAUGCAAGCGAUGAUGAUCACGAAGAAGAAGAAGAAGAAGAUGAUGAUGAAGACGAAAAAAAAGAAUACGAAAACGGUGGUCAACACCAAUUAUCAGUACAUGGACAGCAAAGCUUGCACCUGAACUUGCACCUGAACCUGCCACUGCAUUUACUGCUGCAUCAAUCAAAAAUGUUUAUAAAUAUCCCCCGCUCACUUCAGCCAUUGCCAUCCUUGCUACUUGAAGUGCCGUAUUAUAGAAACUUGAUGCAUUUUUGGGUCAAUCAUGCGUCAGAGCAUCUCGUUCCAGCACCUCCUAAAAUGUAUGGCGAAAACCCAUUCAAGGUAUUGUUGUCGCAAAUGGCUAUGGUAUACCCUUCAGUUUUAACUACAUUGUUGGCAUUUGCAGCAAAAAUGAGAUCGCUGCUAAUAGGAGUAGAGUAUCUACCAGUGGACGUGAUUGAUUUAUUACUAGCGCGGUCAUGCUCGGAAUUAAUCAAUUUGCUCGAAAACGAGUCUACCUCCACGUCAGAUGAAGCAUUAGCUACGGCAUUGUUGUUAUCUUGUUACGAGAUAUUCGAUUCCAAAGAUUUCAGUAGGCACCGUAUUCACACCAUGGGUGCCAGGCAAAUUGUAAUGGCAAGAUCCUUAAAACCUCUUGGAAAGAGUCCGCUCACGGGAAGUGACAAAAAUGUUCCAUUUUUCUUGCUAAGAUGGUUUGUUUACAUGGAUGUCAUUGGCGCUUUGUCCGCAACACAAAAAUCGGAAGCCUACUUGCCAGCACAAGGUGAUAUUGAGAUAUAUGAACCAGUUAGCACUUUGUCAAAUGUGUCGCGCUCGUACCAAGAAAGCAGUUCCUUCAAGAUUGACCCGUUGAUGGGCUUCGAACUCAAGUUGUUAACAUCUUUUGCUCAAAUAACCGUGCUUGCUCGCAAAGCUGAAGCUUUUAUCAGUCAAUUCCGUUCCCAAACAACCGAUAAAAUAGCUCUUCCGGCUGAUCUUGUUUCUGAGGCUUUGAGCCUCAAGGAUGUUUUGCACAACCUGUGUUUAGAAGAGAACAAUCUUAUAAUUGAGUCUCAGAACGAGUCAAACUCAGCGGAAUAUCAAUCGAUGGAAAUACUAAAGUGUACAAAUACUUUAUUUUCCAUCACGGGCAUUAUUCACCUAUAUAGAAGAGUACUUCAGGUUCCUAGAGACUCGCCGCUUGUGCAGAAUCUAGCUUACACAAUAGGUAAGUUGGGAAUGGAUAUGGUCCCUCCCACUUCGACUACAGGUACAUGUUGUAUUUUCUGUUUUUUUACAGCUGCUUGUGAAACCCUAGACCCUAGCUUGCAAAUUCAUUUUGAGUAUCGGUUCCGUGCAAUGAGCGAGAAAGGAAACAUAAAUGCGAAAAAGGGUCUCACAAUUAUGAGACAAUGUUGGGCAAGUGGUGAUGAUUGGAUCGAGGCAGCAAGGAGAUAUAAUAUAGACUUUGCUCUAUUCUAG